AUGACCCUGCAGGGCACCAACACCUACCUGGUUGGCACUGGGCAGAGAAGAAUACUCAUAGAUACAGGAGAGCCUUCUGUUCCAGAAUAUAUCAGCAAUUUGAAGCAAGUACUUAAUAAAUCCAGCAUGGCAAUCCAGGAAAUAAUCGUGACUCACUGGCAUCAUGACCAUUCUGGUGGUAUAUAACAGAUAUAUGCCGAGAUAUCAUAAAUGACUCUGGUCUUUGUAUUAGUAAACUUCCAAGGAAUCCUCAUAAAGAAGAGGUCAUCGGCACAGGAGAGCAAAAGUACAAAUAUCUAAAAGAUGGAGAUAUGAUAACUACUGAGGGAGCUACUCUUAAAGUCCUCUACACACCUGGACAUACAGAUGAUCACAUGGCACUGGUGUUAUUGGAAGAAAAUGCAAUUUUCAGUGGGGACUGUAUUCUUGGAGAAGGAACAGCGGUGUUUGAGGAGCUGUAUGAUUACAUGAAGUCUUUAGAAAGGCUAUUAGAUGUCAAGGCUGACAAAAUAUACCCAGGUCAUGGCCCUGUGAUUCAAGAGGCAAGAGACAAAAUUCGAGAGUAUAUUACUCACAGACAGGCUCGAGAACAGCAAAUUUUGCAGGUUUUGCAAGAGAACUCUGAGAAAUCACUGACUGCCACGGAACUUGUUAAAAUUGUGUACAAGGAUACUCCAGAAUAUUUACAUGCAGCUGCAGAAGUCAACCUUACUCAUCAUCUACAGAAACUAAAGCGGGAAAAAAAGAUAGUACAAGAACAGGGUCCUACUCUACGGUGGAAAAGUCGCUUGUGA